AUGGGUCGGAAGAAGAAGAAAACAGAGGAAAUCAAACCAUUAACUGCAGAGUUCAAGGUCUCAAUGCAUUGUAAAGCAUGCGAAAGAACGGUGGCCAAAGCCAUUUCCAAAUUCAAAGGGGUGGAGAAGUUCAUGACAGACAUGGGAAAGCACAAGGUUGUAGUGAUGGGCAAGUUUGAUCCUCAAAAAGUUAUGAAGAAACUACGAAAGAAGACGAGGAAACCGGUCGAGCUCGUGGUCGACAAGGGUGCAGCAACGAAAGAAACAGUCGUUGUCAAGGAUCCCGAGCGAUCGGACCCGAAUAAUAGCAAUCAGUUGAUGAUGUUCAACUGUUGCAAGGAGAGUGCUCAGUUACUAGUUUUGUUCAGUGAUGAGAAUCCAAACGCUUGUUGCAUUAUGUAG